CUGAACUGAAAAUUACCCCCAAAAGUGAGGUUAUGUUAACGUCAAAAACAAUGCUACACAAACGUCAUUCAACAUUAUUCAUUUCACUCAUUGCAUCUUUGCUAAAAUAGGUUUUGAAAAAUUUUCUUUCAUGAUUUAAGUUUGUUUACGAGUUUUGUUCUUUUAAUGUAUGUUUGGAUGUGCUGUAAUAUAAAAUGUCUGAUGAAAUUGAAAUUGAAGAACAUGAUUUACUGGAUGAUCCCACCGUCAGAAACAUAUUUCCUGAUAUAUCAAGGUUAAAACAGGAAAUUUUGGGCUAUGACUAUGUUGAAGCUCCAGAUUUUGGGAAUACUGAAACAACAAGCUCUCAAUUGGAUUCUUAUGAUGGCAACUUAAGCAGUACAGAGAAUUCCGCAGACAUAGUGGAAUCAAAAAUAAUCUUACCAGGUAAUAUUGAACAUAACUCCCCAAAUGAUGGACCACAUAAUGGCUUCAUAAGAAGAGAUAAAGGUAUUAAAAUUAAAAUAUGUAACAAUAAAAUUAUAUUAGGUUCAAAACCUGUUAAUUCUGAUGAUAGUAAUGUUGAACAUUUUGAGAAGAAUGUAAAACCAUAUUGUGCAGUAGUGGUCUUAGAAGAUUUUGGGAUAUAUUUGAAUAGUAGUGCUAGAUAUUGUCAACAUUGUCAGAUUCUGUUUCCAACAAAUUCAGAUUAUAAUCACCAUGUGGAAGAUAUUCACAAAGAAUUGGUUAAUACUACUGAUAGUGUUGAUGACAAAAUUAUAGUAAGAACGGAAUUCAGUGAUGAAAAUAAAGAAAUUGAAGCCAAUGAAUCUAAACAUGUGCAAAAGAAAAAUGAGAAAAUCGUUAAGUUUGGAAUCAAUGGAGAAGCUAUUUGCCUUAUUUGUAAUGCACAAUUGGCGUACAGAAGAAAUAUGGGUACCCAUUUGUUUCAAGUUCAUAAAAUAAGCAAAGAAAAAAUAAAGGAAGUAAUGAGAAAGAAGAAUUCAGAACCCCAUACAAAGGGAGAGCUUACAUCAACUGUAAAACGUAAUGAGUGUUUUCAUUGUAAGAAAUCAUUUAGAACUCAAAAUUUACUUAUUGAACAUAUUUAUAGCAUUCUUCAAAAUCCAAAAAAUGGUUCUGAUAGGUAUGCUAACAAGAUUCUUAUAGGAAAUAAAACUAACAAUAGUGAACUAAAUAGCUCUGUUACACCAGAAAACAGAAAUUUGGGUCUGAUGGAUAUGCCAAACAAAAAUAUACAGAAUACUAACUUUGAAAACAAUUCCACAACAGAACAUGUGAUGAGAUUUUUUAAGUGCCGUUUUUGCUUAUUAUAUUUUAAGACAACAAAAUAUUUUUUUCGACAUAUGCGAAUUAAGCAUAAAAUGGUUAACAAUUUUCAAAUAGCUAAGGUUUCUUUUGAUCCAAAAUGUAAAUACUGCCCUAAAGUAAAUGAUCAAGUGGACAUAUACAAUGCGCAUCUCCGUAAAAACCAUCCUAAACAAGUACAGGAAGCUAUUGAAAAAUCUCGAAAGUUGUUAGUUAACAGUAAUAAAGGGAAAAUAAAUAUUGUUUCAAAAGAAAUUUCACAAAAUGCGUUUUAUAGAUGUGAUUUUUGCUGUUUAUAUUUCAACAAUUUAACAUUUUUUAUGCGUCAUGUGACAAUCAAACAUAAAGUGAUGAAAAUGCCCAAACCAAAGAAAGUGGCAUUUGAGCCGAAAUGUAAGUAUUGUCCUGGAACAUACACCAAUGCCAGACGUUAUAAUAUGCAUCUACGUAAAAGCCAUUAUAUAAAAUGCAAUCAAGUAGUGGACAAAUCACAAUUGACGACUUCUGUUGCGAGAGAAAGCAACCUGGUGGAUAAUACUAGUAAUAUACAAAAUGUAAAAAAACAAGUUUAUAGAUGUAAACUUUGUCCACUUUAUUUUAAAACUACAAACUGGUUCAUUCGACAUUUAAAUAAUAAACAUAAAGUUAAAACUAUACCUGUAAUGGCAACAGAAACUUUUAACCCAAAAUGUAAGUAUUGUCCUAGAUUAUUAGACACCGUCACUAAGUACAAUGAUCAUUUAACUAAAUGUCACUCUGCAUUGUUAAGUAAACUUAUAGUGAGAUCUGAAUCAGCAAAAGUUAUAAAAAAAAUAAAAGUUAACAUGAAACCGAAAUUUCCCAAACUUAAUUCUAAUAAAGGAGAAACAAGUACAGAUUUUGCCAGACAGUCUCAAAAAAAAUUUGAACACAAAGCUAAAAUUAAAAGACUUAAUACGCAAUGUCAAAAAACCAUAAAUGGAUAUACAUGCAAAUUUUGUCCUAUAUUCUUCAAGAGCAUGAAAUUUUAUGGUAAGCAUGUGAAAACUAGACACAAACUUGACACAGUACCAAAACUAAAAAUGGUAACAUUUGAUCUGAAAUGUAAAUUGUGUUCUGUGGUUUUAUCAAAUAUCAAAAUUUAUAAUCGACAUGUAUAUAAUGUUCACUAUACAGAAAUAGCAAGAAAACCCAAUUUAGAAAAGAAAGACUCAAGACAAAAUAUGGAAACAACUAAAACAGCACUAGAAACGAAAGAAAAAAGAUUUUAUAGAUGUUGUUAUUGCUCUUAUUAUUUCAAUAAUAUUGGUAUAUAUAAAUCUCAUGUUGUAAGGAAACAUAAAGUACAAUUGCCUAAUGAUGCACAAAGAAUUGAAUUUGAUCCACAUUGCAAGUAUUGUCCUUUAGAAGCUGCCAACGAAAUAGCCUACAAUAAACAUCUAGGCAAUUGCCAUAAAAACAGGGUAAAUGAAGUUUUUACAGGGCGUUCAAAACAGAAGAUUAACCUAAAUAAGGCCUGCGUUUCAAAAAAUACUUCGACAUCGUCUGUUUCUACAUCAUUGCAAGAAUCUCGUAAGCCUAUGGAUGAUAAUAUGGUUAGUUCAAACAUAACUCCCAUAUUAAAAUCUGCACUCUUUAAAUGUAAUAAGUGCGAUAUUCACUUUUUGUCUGUUAAAACAGCUUCAGACCACUUAAAUCACAUGGAAUUGUUGGUUAAUUGGAAAUGUUCACUUUGCAGCAGAAUUUUCAAAGACAAUGAUAAGGGGCUGCAUGAAAAACAACAUUUGUUAUCUGAUGUAUUUACUGUAUAUGACCUGAACACAACUUCACACAUUUUGUAUAAAUGUUCUAAAUGUAAUUUGCAUUAUGAUGAAAGUGUUGACAAUCACCACAAACAAUGUAUCUUGAAAAUACCAGAGUCAUAUACUUGUGAAAUAUGUAAAAUAUUAAUUGACUGUAAUUCUAAAAUUUGUCACGAAUACAAUCAUAAGCAUAGAGAUUUAACAUCGAAUGAUUUUAUAGUCAUCGAAACUGAUGUGCUAUUUGAUACAGAUAACAUGUUUAUUUCUGAUAAAAACAAUGCAUUGAUAGUUGAUACAGAGGGCAAUUUGAUAGAUGAAAGCCAACAUCAUAACAAACAGAUAAACAACUUAAAAAGAAAAAAUAAAAAUGUCGAAAAUUCUGAGGUUAAAAUUCAACCCAAGAAAGUAAAAAGAAAUGAUGCUGAAUGUUCUAAAAAUAAUUUGGAGGAUAUUGUUUAUAAAGAAAAAUAUUCUAAUUCGGUUACUAAAAAUCAGCAGAAAAUGGACAAAAUGUUACUAAAACUUUCGUUUUGUACUACUUGUAAGAGUUUUGUUAGUGUUAUUGGACGAAAGCGAAAAGAACAUGCCCAAGGACUUUGUGCAAAUCUUCCAACGCUAGUUUGUAAAACUUGCGGCCUAAGGUUCAGUUGGAAAACUUUAAGGACUCAUGAACAAGUCCAUCUUAGAGUAAAAAAAUUGGAAUUGCAAAGUUUUAAAUUUUAUGCUUUUAAUAGUGGUAAACGAACCAUGCCCCCUAUGCCAGAAUACGAAAAAUGUGGAAUAUGUGAAACAAACUUUAUAUCAAAAAGUACUUUGGGGCAACAUGUGUGUAGCGAUAACAAAUAUAAAUUGUGUGAAAUUUGUAACAUCAAACUGUUUACACCGAUAUUUAAUUUACACAUGGCAUUUCACAAAUAUAAAAUUGAUGGUGCAACUUCGAGUUCUGCCUCAAAUAAUGCAGUAAUAUGUGCUAAACCAGAAGAGAUACAAAAGGCUAAUGAAACUGUUUUAUUGCUUUUAUAUUGUUGUAAAGUUUGCAAUAUAUACAUGGACACAUACGACCGGUUGAUAGAACAUUGUCAUAAACAUAGUCUUGACUCUUUACCAAAAUAUAUGGAAGAAUGUAAAGUGUGCAAGUUGAAAUUUGAUGACAAUUCAUUGAAAACUCAUAGAAAAUUACACGAAACGUUAGGAUCUCCUACAUUUGACAAACUCUUUUUUGACCCAUUUUAUUUUAGAUUUGAGAACAAGAUUUGGUUAAACCAUGUUUUUGGGUCAUAUCCUAAAAUGAAGGUACAAGAUGUUAUACUAAGUUCUCGCUACCGAAACGAGCAUAGGUUUGUACUGCAUAUUGUGCAAGAAGGACGCUUUGAUUUAACGUUAUAUAAAUGUGAUAAGUGCAACCUAUAUGUUGAGCCAGAUAUUAUUUAUCAUCAUAUAGAAAAUUCCUGUUCAAAUUUACGCAAAUAUCCAUGUCCUGUUUGUCACCUGGAUUUCAUUUCAUCAUUUUCACUUACGAGACACAAAAGAACUCAUGAAGAUCCUAAAAUUACUCUAAAAUCUUAUAGGAUAAUAUCAUUUAAUAAGCAGGAAGAUGCUGAUCUUAAUGCAGUCAUUUUCAGCCCACCAAAAUUGUAUGUUAUAUAUCAGUGUAGACAUUGCAACGGUGUAAUUGAUAGUAUACACCGAAUGUCUCAUGUUUGUGACAGAAAUACUUUGAAAUCAUGUACAGAUUGUGGACUUUUGAUUACAGAGGAUGUAUAUGAACGUCAUGUUUCUAAACAUAAGACUCUAGACAGUUAUAUCGCUGAAAAUAUGAAAGUAAUUUUAUUUGGGCCAUUCGAAUUACACGAGAAAAAACUUAACUCUAUGCCAACAACUAAUUUCAGAGGUAAAAUACAUGACUACUCGUUCUACAAAUGUCGAGAUUGCCAUAUAUGCGUGAAACAUAAGAAAUCAACCACAACUCAUACGUGUUGUUUUAAGAGUUCACGUGUGUCAUGCUCCAAAUGUGGUCUAUAUUUUAACUCGGAUAAACUUGUAUCUCACACUAAAAGCCAUUCGAUUGAUCCUGAUUUCAUUUUAGAAAAUAUGAACAUUAUUGAAUUUUGUCCUACUAUACAUAAACCCAAAGACGAUGAAUUAACAGGAAUCGGUAUUAUAAAUGAUAAAGAAUGUUCUGAUGAAAUUGGACGUGUCGAUGUAAAUGGUACCAGUCAAGAAUCAAAUGUUUCGCAACAAAAUAUCGUACCUGAUACAACAGAAGCAACUAAUGAAGUAGAAAAGGUCACAGACAUUUAUAAAUGUAGCUGUGGUCUUCAUUUCAUAGACGAAUCUUCUGUUUUGGAACAUUUUACUCAAUGUGGAUCUAAGGCAAAGCAAGCGAAGCAAAAUUGUUCCAAAUGUGGCCUUUUGUUCACACCUACUGUUUUAUUCAAACAUUUGCUAUCUCAUCAUGGUGAUAAGCUAAUAAAAUAUAAAUUCAAUGUAAUUGAAAAAUCUAAAACAUAAGAAAGGACAUACUUUAUGUGGCUAAAAAAUACACAGUGAUUGUAAAUAUUAAUUAGUUUUAAGUUAUAUUAGCGUAUUUGUAAGCUUUAAAGUUUUCACUAUGAAAUAAAGGCUUAACUUAUCAUGUUCACUUAUCACAGUGAUAUUUACUGCAUUUUCUACAUUGAAAAUUUAAGAAACUAUAAAAAUAACGAUCACCCGUAUUUUUUAGAGUCGUGCAACAAAAUUUGUUUGUUGUACUUUCUAUAAAAUACGUGGCCCCUUUGUUCUAAUACUUAUGCAUUAAUGUCUUGAGAAUGCAUUGUAUUGCGAUGCUGAAUGUUUUACAACAGUGGCGUCCUCACUGUUUUUACAACAAACUUUCAUGUCAAGCAGCACCUCGCGAUUUAAUCCCUUGGUGAUUUCAGGAUAAAAGUGAGACAACAAACUUUGUUGUAUUUUAUCGAAUUCUGUCCUUGAGAUUUCGUUUGAUUGGCUCAUCAUUCUCAAUGACUCGCAUACAUUCUUUCUCAUUUAGGAUACUUAUUACUAUUAUUAUUAAUGGUGCUAAGUGUUAACCAAGUGGACCUUACUAGUUUUUUAAUAUACUUUGUUGAUGUAUAUAGAUAGAUAGAUAUAAAAUGCAAUGUACCUACAUCAGAUUUUACAGUUUUCGAUAAUAUUUUAAAGUACCUUAACAGGAUAGCAAUAAGAAGAAUUCGUUUAUUUAAGAAUUUAUUAUUAAGAAAUACAUUGAUGAUAAUGAUAAACAUCCGAUAUAUAAAACAAUCUGACAAAUAUGUUUUUUUUUCAUAUACCUCUAAUAAAUCAAAGAUGCAUCUUGUGUGAUGGUAACACUAACACAAAUGGUAUCAAUGUUUGGGACAAAGACAAAGAAAACUAAAGAUCAUAGAAUAGAACUUUUCCCUACAACUUCCUAUCACAAACAAAGCGGCCUGACUGCGCCUUGUAAAACUGUGGCACAUGGUGAAAGUUAAAUAUUUAUAUAUUAGCACUCUGUCCCUUUUUCUUUUCAUGCAUUUAUAUAUAUUCUUUUCAUGUAUGAGCGAAACGAAAGAUUUACAAAGUCUCUCAGUAAUCUAACAUAAUAAGGCCGUGUGCCAAACCUCGCGCAUGUGCACUUCAAGCGGUUUUGAAAAAUAGUAUGAGCAGCGGCACAAGACGCUGGCGCAUGUGGCACGUGCGGCGGACGGCGGGUACACGGAACGGGUGUAAUAAUAUAUUAAUAUCAAAAUCCUUUUGACAAAUAACAAAAAGUAAGUAAAUAACCCAUCGACGGCACAACUAUACACACUUGUCACUAAUUGUACUAGUGGUAAUGAGGCGGACAAACGCUGUGGUUUGGCGCACGGCCUUAUAAUGUAUGUCGUAAAUUCGUGUCGCGUAGUUCGUGUCGUGAUUUUUUUAUAAUAUUCUCUUUCUCUAUCUUUGAAGUAUUCUCUUUAUCUUUGAAGAGGUCACAGAUGUUCUUAUUAUAUGUGGAAGUGGUAAGGCGGUCUGUCAUAAUUCUCAUAUUUCUAGGACAAACAAUGGUUUUAAACCCGCGUAUCAGAGGUUAAAUAUAUAAUUUUUUAGUUCAUUUUCCAGAUAGAUAUUUUGAUGUCCAUACGAUUUCGCUCGCUACUAGUAAUUAGUUCUAGCCCCACUGAAACGUUUUCUCAUUUACUUAUUUCUAAAUGCAUAAUUUGUAAGUUUGAAUUGUUAAUUUUUCAAGUGAUCCUAGUUAUAUCAUAUAAUUAAAGCAAUGAGUUGACUAUGUAAUCUCACAUACUUGAUAAUAAAUAAUUGUUUAGUA